UCACUGGGACUAGGACGCUCACCACUUCGCGAGUCACUUGUGAAACGGUCGUCGGACAGUGCGCGUCAGCUGUGUUCCAGGUCUUGGUAGAACGAUUCCAGCGACGAAUAAUAAAAUAUUAAAAUAAUACAAUAAUAAAUCAAUAGCAGACGACUUCGAUCCCGCCGGCGGAAACUUCGCUCAUAGCUCGUUGUGGUACUAGUAGUGGCUCUUUGACCCGCGUUUGAGCGUUCACCGUUGUACCUACCUACGUCACUCGCCCACACGUCUUUGGUAAUCGAUUCUUCGUUUGAGCGUUCAGUACCUACCUGCGAUAUUUGCGAUAAUUGCGUGCACCGACGACCCGCUACGAUUUUCGGCACAGAUAAUAUUACAUCAUACGAUUACAGAGCACAGUCAACGUCCCGAACAGAAUUUACAAUUUUACAUAUCUAUCACGAGCGCAGUCGUUCGUCACCAAUAGCAUUUUGACUUCGAGGCAGAUUCUUUAUUUGGCUGUAUUUCUUCAAUGGAAGGCGUAAAUGCUGAAAUCAUGCAAUCAGGUUUGCAGCGACUGUGGGCUAGGCGUCAGGGUACGAUCUUAGGUCACAUGCAUGAAAUUAGAGAUGAGAUAUUGGAUCAGGGUCAAUGUGCAUCAUCAUUUGAUAACCAGCCUACUGAUGGAGAAUUACUUGGGGAUAGAGUGAAGUCUAGAGAUGAAGCUCGUUACUUAGAAAAAGACUCAUCAGUUACAUGCAUGGUUUUUAUAUCCAUGACGGACUCCAUAUUAUCAGAACGAAGUUGCUUGAGCUUGCUGAUACCUCUGGUCCAGAAAAAAUUAAUGUUCAAUCUGCAUUCAGCAGCUUAAAAACUGCAAAUUCUAAUAAUUCUGAUUGGAGUAUUGAAGAAACUUCUGUAGUUAACUUGGAUGGAGCUGAGCUCAAUGAUUUUCCUGCCAAAUAUUCAGUUCAAUUAUUACGACCAUAUGAGUUUGCUGCUGUUGGUGUCUGGAUCCAUCCAAAUAUUGUGCCUGGAUUUAAAUACAAAGUCCGUCCAAUUGAAAAUAAAGAGCGUACAAGGUUCUUAUUUGAUAACAGAGCAUUGGAAUUAAUGAGCAUUGGCCGUGGUUAUUCUAGACGUUUAACAUUUGAAGCUAGUCCAGGAUUAUUGAAUGAUAACGAAAAUUAUUUUUGGACUGAUUCCAUGCCUUCUGGUUAUGCAUUUCAAGUACAUGUUGUAUCUGUAGGAGACAACUUCACAGUUUUUGAUGCAAACAAUGUUGCUGUGGCUACAAUAGAAGUCACUAAAAUCCCGAAUGCUCAGAAAGAAGUCAAUCAUGAAGUAAUAGAGAACGGAGAGGUGAGGAAAAAUGUAGAAGUCAACAUGUUGUGCAAAGUAGAUUGGUUCUAUAAAGAAGAUUCAUCUGCAAUAACACCAGUCACUGGUAUUGCUGUGGCUUCCAAACUACCACGUGGAUCAGCAAAGCUUAUAAAGAUAUCAGAUGCUGCUAUUGGUUUUAUACCAUGUCGAGGUUACACCUUAAUACCGGGUGUAGAUGAUAAACAACGGCAAUUGGUGUUAAAUGGAUGUAGUAUUGGCGAUGCACCCACUAUGUAUACAAUGACAGGUUUAGAACCAUACGAAUUGCCUGUGAUUGGUACUUAUGUUGACCCAAGAAUCAUGCCUGGUUUUCAUUAUAAAGUUCGCCCAACAGGGCAUAAGAAUUAUUUGUUUGAAGGCAAUGCAUUACAAUUGGUCAAUAUUGGAAUGGGAUAUGGAAAACGUAUGACAUUUAAACCUGACAGUCAUAAUCUUAACAAUAACACCAACUUUUUCUGGAGUGAUUCGUAUCCAGAGGGUUAUGGGUUUGAACCUCAAGCUGUAUUUUGUGGCAUGAAGUUUGAUGUCAUGGAUGACACUCAGCGUAUUGGUGAAGCCACAGUGUUCCGCAGUGAUAAUCCUCAAAUUGAGGAUCAACAAUGUAUUGUAAAAAGCACAAAUGGAGUGACAGUGACAAAGUACAUCCAUGUGGAUGUUACAUGUCAAGUGAUGUUGAAAAGUGAUAAAUCUGACAAUGAGUCUCAUUCUGUUCGUGUUUCUGGUACUGCAGUUGUAGUCAAAUACUCGAAGCAAAAUGAAGCUAAAUUGUUGUAUAUCGAUAAUGUGGGUCUUAGCUCUAAGCUUAACUUGGUGUUUAUGAAUCAAAAGUCUCAUAUUAUUUUUCAAGCUAAAUAAUCACAUUAGAUAAUUCAUAAGUUCAGCUUAAGCACUCCAAGACAAGCAUAGAUAAUAAUUUUGUUCCUUUUACAGUUUAUAAAUGUGCCAUUUUCUGUAAAUGUACCUUGAGUAUUUUGUAUUGUUUCGUGGUUUAUUGGUUUAAUAUUCUCAAUUUAUUAGACAUUUGUUAAAUGUUUUUUUUUUAUAGUUAUAAAAUAUUUUGUAUUUUGAUUUGUUUUUGGCAUACAACUUACAUUUUUAAAUUAUUGCAGGGUCUGUGUGCUAAGCAAAAUUUAUGAAUAAUUAUUGGUACAGUAUUCUUUGUACUGUCUUACUGUAAAAAUAAUUAUUUGAACUGAUUUGAUAAAUUUGAUAAAUAAUCGAUGGAGAGAGCACAAACAUGUGUUUGGUUUUCAAAGUAUAUUAUGUUAAAAGUAUAUUUUAAUGUUUAAUAUUUUUUUCAUCCUUCACACAUUGUAUAACUUUUGUGUUAAAUAUUUUUUUUCAGUUCUCAGUAGUUGUUAACAAUUGAGACAAUUUUAAUUUUUAUAGUAAUUUUUACUAGAAAACAUUUAUGUAUUUAUUUAAUUAGUAUUUUAUGACUGAAUUCCAUGUUUAUUAUCAUAAACAAUAUUAUAUAUUUAUUAUUAUUCAAAUUAUUAAAAUGUAAUCACUAAUCAUAUUAUUUUUCUUUGGGAUAAUUACAAAAGAAAUAUGUUAUACUUUAUUUCAGUUUAUCAUGUUAUCUUAUAAUGAUUUAAUGUCUUGUUCAAUAAAUAAAAAAAAAAAACUUAA